AUGUUCAGCACUGGACUCGGCGUCAAGGAAGAGUCGAGCGAAGAUCUCACAGAGGAGACGUGCCUAGAGAUCAAGGAGGAACCCCUCGACUAUGGAGACGAGGCGAGAAACGAAGUGAGUGAUGCGGAGGCGACUCGAGAGAGUCGUUUUCUCCGCAAUCUUCGCGAUCCAAGACACGAAGCAGAAGACUCCUCGUGGAACUUGCUUCAGGGUCAUGACAACGCGUUAAAAUUGUCGUUCAUGGCUGAGGGCUGUGGGAAGCCGAGCUCAGCGGAUGGGGACCGAGUGAUGUGUGAGGGAAGACCGAAAGAGGAAGACACACAGCCCAAAACGGAACCGGAAAGUGACCUGGCAAAGCACGUCGGUGUAUGUACAAAGGAGAUGCCGUACCAGUGUGGGAUUUGCAACAAGGCCUUCCCCUAUAAAUCUGCAUUUUCGAACCACAUGAUAAUGCACACAGAAGACAAGCCCCACAGCUGCGAAUUCUGCAACAAGGCCUUCUCGCGGAAACACAACCUGGCAAAGCACAGGAGACUGCACGUAAAGGGCGAGUCGUACAGCUGCGAGACCUGCAACAAGUCCUUCACCGAGAGAGGUCAUCUUGCAACGCACGCCAGAGUACAUACAAACGAGAAGCCAUUUAGUUGCGAGAUUUGCAACAAGGCCUUCUCGUACAAGUCUAGUUUCCUGGACCACAUGAUCAUGCACACGGAGCGGAAGCCGCACAGCUGCGAAUUCUGCAACAAGGCCUUCGCGCGGAAGAAUGGCCUGGUGAGGCACAGGAGAGUCCAUACAAAGGAGAAGAAGCUCCACGCCUGCGAGAUCUGCAACGUGACCUUCCCCGAGAGAGGUCAGCUCGCGACACACCUCAGAGCACAUAGAAAGGAGAGGCCGUACAGCUGCGAGAUUUGCAGCAGUUCGUUCUCGUGGAAACAGAAUCUGGCGAAGCACAUGAGAGUUCAUACAGACGAGAAGCCAUACGCCUGCGUGAUCUGCAACAACGCCUUUUUGAAGAGAGGUCAUCUUGUGACGCACAUGCGCGUACACAGGAAGGAGAAGGCGUACAGCUGCGAGAUUUGCAACAAGAGCUUUUCGCACAAAACCAGUCUAGUGAGUCACAUGAGAGUCCAUACCAAAGAAAAGCCUUACUCCUGUGAGAUUUGCGACAAGAACUUUUCGCACAGAACGGGUCUUAGGAGUCACAUGAGACUACAUACACAAGAGAAGCCAUUCCUCUGCGAGUUUUGCGACAAGGCUUUUUCGCAGAAGAACAACCUGGCGAGUCACAUGAGAGUGCAUACGAAAGAGAAGCCCUACGCCUGUGAAAUCUGCGACAAAGCCUUCGCGCACAAGAAUAGCCUUGUGGGUCAUGUGAGAGUACAUACAAGGGAGGAGCCCUACAGGUGUGAGGUUUGCAAUAGGCCUUUUUCACAGAAGAAUAAUCUCGUAACUCACAUGAGAGUACAUACGAAGGAAAAGCCCUACACCUGUGAGUUUUGUGACAAGGCAUUCGCGCAUAAAAUCAGUCUGGUGAUCCAUAGGAGAGUACAUACAAAGGAAGAGCCACACGGCUGUUAGAUUCACAGGAAGUAAGUAAGGGGUAUAGAAAUCAAGCCAUAAAAACUGUGACAUUUGCAACAGGGCAUUCUCAUAGAAAACUAGUUUAGUGAUCCGUAUGAGAGUACAUAUAAAGGAGAAACCAUACAGACUGUGAGAUUUGCAAUAAUAGAUUUUCACGGAAACAAGUUAUGGUGAAGCACACGAGAGUACGUACAACACAGAAGCCUCAUAUGAAAUGAAACCUCAGAGUAUCAUUAUAUAAUGUCACACACUUGAGAGUACAUACAAAAGAGAAACCAAACUGCUGUAAGAUUUGGAAUAACAUUUGGUGUGUGUGUAUGUAUAUAUAUAUAUAUUUAUUUGUACAUAAAGGUCACAAGCCAUCUAAUGUAUUUCAUCUAGAGGGAAUGCACUUCCUCUUGACAUGACUAGGAAAGAAUUGUUCUGAAUUUUCUAGAGAAUCUCUCUUAUUUUUAUUACAUGUGAUAUUCUUAAUGUGUAGGUCUUUUAAACCAUAAACUUUUUAUGCAUUAUGACGUGUUGAAAUUUCCAUAGAAUAAUUUAUUGUAGGUAGACACGUGUUAUUGAUCAAAAGUAGUUAAAAAAUCGCUACUACUUGUCAUAGCACUUUAGGAGUACUUUGAUUGUUUUUACGCAUAGAUGGCAACACCAGUUACGAGUACCACCCGUCUCGCCCAUUUACCCAUUUCUUUAAUUUAUGAAAUAUUUUACAAUAUCUUAU